AUGAGUCACUUGGCACGGAUACCAGUGCGACAGAUUCCAAAGAGAAGAACUAUCGGAAAUAUAUCGGGGAGAUGGACUAUCGGCUCCCGUUCAAAACGCGUGUCAGUGAAGCGUUCGUUGUUGGUCAAACCAUUCACGGUGGCCGGACCGGUUUUCACUCCCGCAGUCUUACUGGCCGUUGGAACUCUCAGUGAUAAGCCAGUAAGAGUUGAUUUCAAUUUCCACAAAGGCGCUGCCAAAGAUGCCGAUCUACCGCUGCACUUCUCGAUUCGAUUUGACGAAGGAAUUUUCUCUGGAAAGUUCGUCUACAACACAUUCAAAGAUGGUAACUGGUCUGAAAAUGAGCAACGUAUUUCAAAUCCUUUCAAGGCUGGCCAGGAGUUCGACCUACGAGUUCGAAUCCUUGAGGGAAAAUUCCAGGUAUUUGCUAACCGCGCUGAAGUCGGCACAUUCGAACAACGCCAACCCCUUGAUGGAAUCGACCAUGUUUCGAUUCGAGGCGAUCUGGUGAAAUUGCGCCUCUUCCACUAUGGUGGUCGUAUCUUCCCGAACCCAUACAUGGCAGUGGCCGAACUCAAGCCCGGAAAGCGUCUUGACAUCUCAGCUCUGCCCACAGGAAAACGGGUCAAUAUUAACCUCUACCGCGAGAACAAGGAGUUCGCAUUGCAGGUAUCGAUCCGUUUCAACGAAGGUGCCAUCGUACGCAAUGCGAUGAACAACAACGUGUGGGGUAAGGAAGAACGAGACGGAAACAUGCCAAUCAGCAAAGGAGAAGUGUGA